CGUCGCGAUAUCUACAGAUGAGUUUACUAAACCUGAGGAAUGCUGUGUUGCCGUCACCGACAUGCCUUCUCAAUCUGUGGUUCCAUCUGUGUCAAUGAUUGUCAGUACACCGACAACUGUUAGCACACCUGAUGUAACACCCUUACUUGAGCCUGAAAUGGUACCCGGCGCGACACCACACCGUACGCCAGCGAUUGUUUCAACACCAAUACAGGAGCCGCACAUGGUUGCUGGGGCCACACCACAGCGUACGCCAACGAUUGCAAAUACACCGACAAGUGUUAACGCACCUGAUGUAACACCCCUGCUUGAGCCUGAAAUGGUCCCCGGGGCGGCACCACACCGUACGCCAGCGAUUGUUUCAACACCAUUACAGGAGUCGCACAUGGUUCCUGUGGCCACACCACAGCGUACGCCAACGGUCGCUAGCACACCCAAGCGCACGUCUCGUACAUAUGAAGCAACACAAACACACGUGGACCAAAGCACGACUGAAGAACCGGUUGAUUUUACGUCGACGGACGAGGCCACAUACACGCACUGCCCCACUGCUCACUCAGACAACCCAACGGGCUUGUAUUGUGGCGACAUCAAGUUCGAGAGCUGUAUUUGA